CGCAUUUCAGUUGGCGAACGAAACGAACAGCGAACGGAUAUCAGCGAAAAAGUCGAACCGAACCGAACCGAAACGAAAUAAAAGCCUUGUCUGCUACUUUACUGGCCCAUUGGCCCAUUGGCUCAUUCCAAUACCCAUAUCAUUGCAUUGUUGCUAGUAUUCAAAGUGAGCUGUGCUACCCCCACACUAUCGCAAAAGCGGCGCAAAAAUUAAUUGGCGCAUGUUACGGGCCAAUUCAGUUGUCCAACGUUCGUCCGUCGCGAACUACAAAAGCGCACUCAACCCGAUCCGAACCCCGCUUCGAACUCGGGGGCGUGAGAAUCAAACAACAGUGUCUACCACAGUGUCUACAGCAUGUAUCCGCGCAGCAUCAAGAAUUUUCCCUCCCUCAAGACGGCCGUCGUAUGGGCCGGUCUACUCGGUGUGGUGCAGUCCAUCAUCUGGAUUGGAUUGACCAUUACAGCGAUAUGCGCCUACAAUUGUCUCCUCUAUGUAACCGAUGACCUCAGCUUUGGCACCAUGAUCAAAACGGUGUUCUUCGAUGUGUAUUUCAGGGGUAGCUGUAAAAUGAGCACCGCCGACUAUCAGAACUACGACUAUGGCAUUCUGAAAACGGUCGUUACCGUAUUCGAUCCUUCGCAGGUAUUGAUUUGGGACUGCUUCUACCUGGGCGUUUCCGUUUGCUGGCUCAUCGUUUCCAUUGUGCUCUUACUGUGUGUGCGCAAAGAUAAUGCCAAGCUAUCCCUGAUCGCCAUCGCACACUGGGCCUUCUUUGUGGCCGUCAUCUGCUGCAUGGAUGUGGCCUCUGGCGUGAUCUUUGGCAUUGACUAUGGACGCUUCCAGGCGAAGGCGCUGACCUACAAUGCCAACACCAUCAACGCAGCUCCCGUGUUGCCCAUGGCAUCCACUCUGAUUGCCGGCGGUGUGGCGGCCAUUUCGAUGAUGAUCAUUUCGUUCAAGGGCUUCAUUCUGUGGUUCAUCAACGUGGGACUGCUCAUCUAUCUCUCGAUCCGAGCCACGCGCAUUGUCACCGAUAAGGACAGUGUGGAUACUUUGUUCAAUCCCCGCAAGGAUUCCAAUGAUAUUCUGGCCACCCGCACACCCAUUCGUGCCUACGAAGAAGAAAAAGUGGAAUUUCAGGCCUACAACAAUGCCGGUUACAUGGCGGAUAAUCGAUCGUCGGCCGAGACCAUCGAGGUGAACGAGCAGGCGAUUGUCCGAGCGGCUCACAUGUCGCUCGAUUCGAAUCUGAUGGAUCGCCGGUUCCGCGACAUCAAUGCCUUCCAGCAGUAUCCGGCUCCGAAUCCGAACGACAGCCGUCCCCUGCGACAGCUGUCGAUGACUCCGUUGCAGGAGACGGUGGUUGUGGCCACGUCCGGCUUCCCCAUGCCGGACUACACCCCACAGCCGAGUCCGAGCGGCAUUCUGCGCCAUCCCCAGUAUUAAGUAUUAAUGGCGGCAAGCAAACCAACCAAAGUACCCAAAAGCUAACUUGCAUAAUAUAAUUCUCAAAUAAUCCCCAUCCCCAAAAGCCGCCCCAGUACGAGUGCGAGUAGUAGCGCCGCCCGCAAAUGAAAUAGGAAAUCAGCUAAAGAUUAGUUCAAAUGUUUAUCAGUAUGUUUUGUGCAUGUUAUUUAUAUUUAUUUGCAUGUUAAUAUAACAAUAUAUAAGUGUAUGCAGUUGUAAAUAUAUAAUAUACAAUCCAGUU